AUGGCUGCUCUCGAUCUAAAACUUCAAAACGACAACAAAGAGAAUGUCCAACCUUAUAUGGCCGCCAUUUCUGCCAAGCCUUUGGAUUGCUCAUCAAUCGAUAAAGACAAAACCCAGAUCAGAAUGAGAAGGAAAAAUCCUAGAAAGCCUCUUCAGGACAUCACCAAUCUCUUCGUCUCAUCAACACCAUUGUCCUCUUCGUUCCUGAUUCGUCAGGUGCCCUCUUCGCCAUCUCUAUCGAUUGAUCCCAAAUGCAUGAAGAGAAGAUCUGGUGUCUGUCUCAAGCCCGCUACUUCUUCUUCUUCUUCUUCUGCCUUAUCUUGUAGACAUUUCAGAUGA